AUGAUGAUGCACGUCAUCAGUAAGUAUGGGAUAGGCUGCAUUUUAUAUGUUUUCCCCUCCUUUAUUAAACAUUGUGUUUAGUUUUUACGCGAUUUUCUCUAUUGAUUAUUCCAUAGGCUUGGUUUUACAAUAAUGCAUUAUUUCAUGUUACAUAAAUAUUUUGUUCAAUCAGUUUCUGUUUUCAGUUCAGUCAAGCAAACACAAAAGUGUUUCUGGUAUUCGGGGCAUAUACAGUGUUGGAUUUCUUUGAGUUUUGUUGGAUUUUUUGUUGCUCCCCUACGGUAUAAAUUACACUGUGUUUCAGCACCUCAUGGUUGGACAGCGAAAUCCUAUCUAGGCGGCUGCAUAAUGUCAAUGUAUUUAUCGGUAUCAAUUCACAAAGGGGGUUUUUAGUAAACAAAAUAUAGAUUAUUAAUCCUGUGAUUCUAGCCAGUGCUCGAUAUAUGUGCAUUAAGGCAUUUUAUCAUUUCAUUCAUAUACUCUUAAUGCAUCGGGAUGGACCGUUUCAUGUGUAGCUGUGUCUUUAAAAGCCCGACUCCCUUCUCAGAGGAUGGUUAAGAUGGAUGUUGUCCACCAAUGAACUGUGGAACUGUACAAAGAGAUCUAGUCCCUCCCCCAUGCAGCCUCGGCACCAUAAACGUUUCAUUUCAGUGAGCUGCAUGAGAGAGAGUGAUGCUGGCAAAGGAUGUAAAACCGAAAAAAUAUAGAUUUAAGUAUGAAUUUAUUUUGGGUCGUUACUUUGGAUUAACGUGUUAUGGCUAUGGAUGGUGAAUGUCACAUUUUCGAUUACUUCACUGGGAAGUAAUUCUGGAGGAUCCGAGAUGACAAAGACAAUAGGAUACCGAGACUGGAGAUGGCUGGCUCUUUGGUGGCAUCAUUUCUUUUUCUUGUGGAGUACAAUAGACGGACAGACUCGUUACAGUGUACCAGAGGAACUAAAACAGGGAUCUAUUGUAGGAAAUCUUGCCAAAGAUCUUGGUUUGGGAUUGUCUGAAAUUUUCGAUCGUAAACUGCGUGUCGCCUCUGAGGCUGGUAAGCAGUAUUUCAGUGUGGAUGCGGGGAAGGGCGAGCUGGUGGUGAGCGACAGAAUAGACAGAGAGGCUUUAUGCGGACAAAGCGCCAGCUGCGUUUUACCUCUGCAAGUAGUCAUUGAUAAGCCUUUGCAGUUAUACCGAGUAGAGGUGGAAAUACAAGACAUCAAUGAUAAUUCUCCCGUAUUUCCUAAAUCAGAAAUUAUAUUACAAAUAGCUGAGUCGACAGCGGCGGGAGCUCGUUUUCCUUUGGAGCCCGCGCAAGACCUUGAUGUCGGAGUGAACUCAGUGAGAUCGUAUACGUUAAGUAAAGACGAUUUUUUUAGUUUAAAAAUCAAAGAUGUGUCCGGUGGAAGAAAAGUGCCAGAGUUAGUGCUGUCUAAAUCCCUUGAUAGAGAAAAAAAAUCCAAACAUCAGUUGCAACUAACCGCGAUAGACGGUGGAAAUCCAGUGAAAUCCGGAAUAUCCCAGAUAACUGUAAAUGUGCUGGACAAUAAUGAUAAUUUCCCUGUAUUUGAGAAAAAUAUUUAUAAAGUCUCCAUAAGCGAAAGUAGCGCACAAGGUGCAUCAGUAAUUAAACUUACUGCAAAAGAUACUGAUGAAGAUCUUAAUGGAGAAGUGGAGUAUUCAUUUGGAACUCACACACCAGAUACGGUUCUAUCUGUGUUUGACAUAGAUUCGUUAACAGGUGAAAUACGACUGACAGGCAAAUUAGAUUUUGAAACAAAUGCUAAUUUUGAAAUUGACAUCAGUGCAAAAGACAAAGGGACACCGAGAAUGGAAGGACAUUGUACUCUCCAUGUUGAAGUGUUAGAUGUUAACGAUAAUGCUCCAAAUAUAUUUCUGACUUCCAAACCAAACUCUGUGCCCGAAGACUCACCAAGUGGUACUGUCGUAGCUUUAAUAAGUGCCAGAGACCUUGACUCCGGGGACAAUGGUAAAGUGACAUUACAAGUUCAUCAAGGUUCUCCUUUUAAUCUGAAACCUUCUUUUUCUGAUAAUUACGCACUGGUUACCGACGGCACUUUAGAUAGGGAGACUUUCUCAGAGUAUAAUAUUGUGAUAAAAGCCACCGAUUUAGGUUCUCCCCCUCUGUCGACUAAAAGGACAAUUAAUGUCACCGUUACUGAUGUAAAUGACAACCCUCCUGUUAUUCACUCAAAGAACAUAUAGUGUAUAUUUAAAAGAAAAUGGAGUAGCAGGCUCUAUACUGUACUCAGUAUCAGCAUCUGAUCUGGAUAUUGGUGAAAACGCAAAGAUCUCUUACUCUAUACUGGACUCUAAAGUUCAAGACGUGUCUGUCUCGUCUUAUGUUUACAU